CUGUGUCAGCAGUGCAGCCAUGGCAUCCUAUUUCGAUGAACACGAUUGCGAACCGUCGGCCCCUGAACAGGACACCAGAACCAACGUGCUGCUGGAACUCGCUAGGUCACUUUUCAACAGGAUGGACUUUGAAGAUGUGGGGCUGCUAGUAGAUUGGGAUCACCACCUGCCACCACCUGCAGCCAAGGCUGUGGUCGAGAGCCUUCCCAGGACAAUCAUCAGGGGCGCCCAAGCUGAGCUCAAGUGUCCUGUGUGUCUCUUGGAAUUCAAGGAGGAGGAGACUGCCAUAGAAAUGCCUUGCCAUCACCUCUUUCAUUCCAGCUGCAUUCUGCCCUGGCUAAGCAAGACAAAUUCCUGCCCCCUGUGCCGCCACGAGCUGCCCACCGAUGACGACACCUACGAGGAGCACAGGCGAGAUAAGGCUCGAAAGGAGCAGCAGAAAUUCCGACUGGAGAAUCUGCAUGGAGCCAUGUACACAUGAGGCAGCCGCCGCAGCUGAGUGCCAGUCCCCGACACCUACCUUCUGGACCUUGAAUCCAAUUAAAGGUUUUUUUACCAAC